CUUCCUAUAGCCGGGAAGAAGUUUCACGUCCUCUUGUUUACACAGUUUACAUCGUGGGGGAUUCUUAAAUAUUAACUCCACUUCAUCGUUCUCUCAGUUUUCGGAACCCAGGCAAGGAAUCAUAGGCAACAUUCAGGGGGUUCCUUUAGUGGUAAUACCGUCGGAAAUAUUAACGGAGCAGUACACGUACGAAGGGACAAGGAAAUCGAGCACACUGUGAAUCGUAGUGGGAAGGAGAAAGAAGCGGAACACUUUGUGAAAUAACUAGAGGACUACUUGGAUGAGACUUCCCCCAACACCAACCAACAUGCUGUCUCUGAGAACAGUUAUAUUAACUGUUCUUCUGCCCGGGUUUUGCCUGGGAGACACGGUGAUAGAGCUGCGACUAAACAGAUACGAAAACCUAAGACGAGAACUGGCAUCCCCUCUCGGCAGUGGUUACCAAGUGUGUGACAGGCAACAGGGAGACCCAUGCGAGACCUACUUCGAGGUGUGCGUCUACAAUUUAAACGCUGCCGGUAGCUGUGAUUUCGGAGAAUUUAAGACAGCCGUGCUUGGUGACAACAUAAUAGACUUAUCCCGCUUGACGACCAUUCCAACCCAGCCGUCUGGAAGCGUCAACAACCCCGUCUUGUUUGUCAUUCCGGGAAGGCUCAGUUCUUUCGCCAUUCGAAUUCGAGCCUUAGAUGCCAACCCUGGCGGAUCAGAUUCCAUACAAAAGACGUUCUUUGUCGAAGGGGACUCAGAGCCGCCAGCGCGAUUUGAUGCUAACGUCACAUUUAACAGCCCGAGUAUUUUGACCUUUGACCGGAACAGCCCCGUGCUCAGUAUUCAAGUGAAGACUUACUGCCAGAGAGGGUAUGUUGGAGAGCGUUGUGAGAUUCUAUGCAACGUUCCCGGAGGGGAUUUCAGUCGCUGGGAAUGUGACGAUAAUGGCCGUGCAUCGUGUAAACCACAAUUUACGGGAAGUAACUGUGACGUUGAUAAUCCGUGUUUCAGCGCCCCCUGUCUUAACGGUGCCACCUGUGUACCCCCGUUUGUUCGGGGCGGGACAAUGAGGUGUAUUUGUCAAAAAGGCUACGAGGGACAAUUCUGUGGACGAGGUAUCGAUGAGUGUGCCAGUAACCCAUGCCAGAACGGUGCCACUUGUACAGAUCUCAUCCUGAACUACACCUGCAGCUGCACUUUCGGUUAUACCGGUAGAACCUGUACAGAAGCGAUAAAUGCGUGUGAACAAAACCCUUGUAAAAAUAAUGGCACUUGCGAGUACACCGCGCCGGGAAGAUAUACAUGUAAUUGUCCUCCAGGCUUUGGCGGGGACGAAUGCCAGACGAAGCUGAAUCCAUGUCUUAGUUUUCCUUGCGAAAACGGCGGAACCUGCAAGCUGUUGUUGGACGGCUAUUUAUGUCAAUGUGACUCUGGUUUUCAAGGUCAAAACUGCCAGGUGGAUAUUGAUGAAUGCACCUCAAACCCGUGCAGAAACGGUCAGUGUAGGGAUGGUAGGGGAGACUAUACAUGUUCCUGUAACACAGGCUUCACGGGCAAGAACUGUGACCAGCUGAUAGAUGGUUGUGACUCGUCCCCUUGUCGAAAUGGAGGCAUAUGUACCCGAACCCCAAGCGGUGGGUUCACCUGUGCGUGUCCAAGAGGCUUCACUGGCAGAAUAUGCGAAAUAGACAUAAACGAAUGCGCUUCAAACCCGUGCACAAACGGUCAGUGUAGGGAUGGUAGGGGAGACUAUACAUGCACCUGUAACCUAGGCUUCACGGGCAAGAACUGUGACCAGCUGAUAGAUGGUUGUGACUCGUCCCCUUGUCGAAAUGGAGGCACAUGUACCCGAACCCCAAGCGGUGGGUUCACCUGUGCGUGUCCAGUAGGCUUCACUGGCAGAGUAUGCGAGAUAGACAUAAACGAAUGUGCGAGCAGGCCAUGUCAAAAUGGAGGCAUCUGCAGCGAUGUUGUUGGAGGCUACUCUUGUUCUUGCAGAGCGGGAUACACCGGCACCAACUGCAGACAAACUGUGGACUAUUGCUUACCAAACCCUUGUCAAAAUGGCGGGAACUGUGUGGGACGUAUUGGAUCAUACACAUGCACGUGCGGAAGUGGAUACACUGGAGCCAAUUGUGAGCAAAUCGUAGACCACUGUUCACCCAACCCUUGUUUAAAUCGGGGAACGUGCUCGAAUGCAUUCGGUGGAUAUGUGUGCAAGUGUACACGUGGCUUUAGCGGUCAAACCUGCGCAGACGACAUAAAUGAAUGCCUGACGUUGCCAGGAAUUUGCCAGAAUGGGGCUACCUGUAUAAACACGUAUGGCUCCUAUCAAUGUCGGUGUCAAAGUGGCUAUUCAGGGGAUCGAUGUCAGACCAGAGAAGACCCGUGUCUUUCAAGCCCUUGUAAAAAUAGUGGCCGCUGCAAUAGCAGGACCGAUGGCAGUUUCACUUGCACAUGCCCUAGUGACUGGGUUGGUGAUUUUUGCGAAGUGCAGAAAAAGUCUUGCGUUGACGGGUAUUGUCGAAAUGGCGGCACAUGCGUCUUGGGGCGCUUCGGUGAAGCUCUUUGUCAGUGCCCAGCGGGAUUCACAGGCGUCACGUGUGAAAUUAAAUCACAGAACAAUAAUGGUGGUGGUGGUACAGGAGAUUUCAUGUGUGAGGUGCCCAGUGGAUUGUUUCCAGAUAAAGCGAACUGUUCCAAGUUCUACCAUUGUUCUAACGGAACUCCGUACCACAAGGACUGUCCAGGGAAUCUCUACUUCAACCCUCAACUGUUGGUCUGCGACUGGCGGUGGAAUGUGAGACCGGUGGCUGACUACUGCCCUCAACAGUAGAUCUUGGACAGGGCCGGUAUCACUCCCUGUCUACCAGCCCAAUAAUAAUAAUAAUAAUGAUAUAAUGUGACCAUAAUGUCUUAUUAAGAUGUUUUUACAUCUUGUUCUUUUCUUCCGCUAUUGGCAUGACAUUGACACGUGAUACUGAUGGGUCCUUUACUAGGCGAAUCUUAACGGAAAUAUUGUCUCGCUAUAUAAUAUAUACGUAUAUGUAUAUCAAGAACUUUACUAUUUAUAUAUAUACAUGAAUAGUAUGUAUCAAACCGGUUAGACGACUCUGUUGACACGUUCUUGUGGGUAAGCCUAGUCAGGUUUAGGUUUGCAUAACCAUGCCACGGUCGAGAAAGUGUCGAGGAUACCAUAUACGGUGUGUUCAUCUGUCCUUAAAGAUGUGGGUAGCACUUCCUGGUGUUUAGAUGUAGCACUUCCGGGUGUUUCGAUGUAGCACUUCCUGGUGUUUCGAUGCCCUCGCUUAUCAUCUAUACUCUGUACACAAUGCCUCAUAAUUGACGUGUAUUUUCUUUCAUGUACCCCUGAGCAACCCGUGCCUAAUUGUAUAUUGUGAUUUUUUGUGAACUUUUUUUUCAAUCUAAAGAGAAUAUUUUUAUACGUUAAACUUCAAAUGUUUUUAAUGAAUAAAGGGUUUAUUGGGAAGAACAGUCAAAGUUUUCGAUCAGUUAUGUAAUUGUGUGUUUCGCCAACUUACUUGAGAUUGCAGGAAAUUUGUUCGAAUCGCCUAUACCUGAGUGGAGGCAUGCGUAUACCAGGGCAGGUUUUCCUUCCGGGUAAGGUGAAACAGGCCGUUCAGUUUCAAAUGCAAUAUGGGUGAUUUCUCCUAAACUGAGCAUUUUGCCAUUGUAUUCAAGACUGUCCCGUGGUGCCACCACCUUGGAAUAGUUGAAAUAGGCCGGUGUAAAAGUGAGACACUGUGAGUAGUUGGGGUAAAUGGUGCUAUGGGGUUGGAAUGAAUGGUAUAUCUAUAAGUAUAAUGGUGUAAGAGGUUGGGGUGAAUUAUAUGUCUAUAAAUGUGAUAUUAUCGGGGGUUGGAGUGAAUGGUAUAUCUGUAAGUGUGAUAUUAUGGGGAGAUGGAGUGAAUGGUAUGUCUACAAGUGUGAUACUGUGAGGUGUCGGAGUGAAUGGUAUGUCUAUAACUAUGAUACUAUCAGGGUUUAGAGUGAAUGGUACAUGUCUAUAAGUAUCAUGCUGUAAGAUGUUUGGGUGAAUGCUACACGUCUUUAAGUGUGAUACUGUGGAGAGUUGGUGUGAAUGGUAUAUCUGUAAGUGUUAUCCCAUGGAGAGUUGUUGUGAAUGGUAUGUUUCUAAGUGUGACACUGAACGGAGUGAUAAAAGUGUCUGUGAGAGAGUUAUUGACAACAGACAGACGGAAUGUUAUAUUUUCCCCAAAAUUAUGUAUUUCUGAGUAACUGGUGAAAAACAUCGAUAUGUGAUUCCCUCUAAUCAAGCAAUAACACAAAUGUUUCGCAAACACAAUGUGUUUGAUACCAAAACCUUUUAUGGCAAUAUUUUCUGGCAUGCAAACGAUCUGCGAUGUUUGGAAACACGGAACUGUUGACAGGUCGUCUUGAGGGCCAUGGUCAUUUUUUUUUUACCUUGAUGAC